AUGUAUGUGCCGGUUUUAAUGGGUGUGGUGGUGAUUCUUGCAUUGCCAACUUGCCGGGGAGAUACCGACCCUCGUGAUGUUUUUGCAAUAAAUGGUUUAUAUGCUGCUCUGGGAUUCCCCCCUCUUCCCGGGUGGGUUCCCGUUGGAGGAGACCCAUGUGCGCUGCGUUGGCAAGGUGUACAGUGUGUCAAUGCCAACAUUACCGGAAUAAUUCUAAACGGUGCGAAUUUGGAGGGUCAGCUGGGUGAGAGUUUGAAUUUCUUUGCUUCUAUCAUAAAAAUAGAUCUGAGCAACAACCACAUUGGAGGCAGUAUUCCAUUCAAUUUGCCCAUUACCAUCAGGAACUUUUUCCUUUCGGGUAACCAGUUCUCUGGAAGCAUCCCAGAUACUUUGUCUUUAUUAGGUCAAUUGUCAGACUUGUCACUGAAUGACAACCAUCUAACAGGAGUGAUACCAGAUGCCUUUCAACAGCUUACGGGUUUGAUAAAUUUGGAUUUGUCUGGAAACAGUUUGAGUGGUCAGUUGCCUCCUUCAAUGGGGAACUUGUCAUCUCUUACCACACUGCACUUGCAGAACAAUACACUUACAGGGACACUUAAUGUUUUGCUAGAUCUUCCGCUGAUAGACUUGAAUAUAGAAAAUAAUCUGUUUUCUGGACCUGUACCUGGGAAGUUACUGAAUAUCCCGAAUUUCAGAAGAGCUGGAAACCCCUUUAACACUACUAUUAUCCCAUCACCACCAGCCUCACCUCCUUCACUGUCUCCGUCUCCAUCUCCAUCUGGGGCUCCACCUCCUAAGUUUGCUCCCGGAAGGCAUGCAGAUGGACCAUAUGCACCUGAAAUAUCACAUUCUGCUAAAGGAGGAAAGUUUCUGACAAUUAAAAGCAUCGGUUGGGUUGUUAUUGUUGCGUGUUUCAUCUUUAUAGUACUUGCCUUGACGCUCUGUAUUUAUCUGUUGCGAUGCUGCCAACGAGGGCAAAAGGCCAACAAAAAUUCCAAGAGACAUGAAACACAUGCAUAUAGUGGCUCCAUCGAGGGCCCUGAUCAUUAUGAAUCUUUGCAAAAGCCAUAUCAUUAUUCAGAGAAAGUUUCAAAAGAGACAGUUGCGAGGCCACCAGUUGGAGGUGGAAAGAGUCGUAGAAGCAAUAAUUUGAAGUCAAAGCGAGAGGCUGAGGAAGAUGACUUGAACAGAAUGGCUGCAGUUUCAAAGCAUAGUGAGGAUCAUGAGAUAGACAUGACAGGAUCGGAUGCAAAUAUUCUGCCGCCGCCACCCCCACCCCAACCUCCGUUUACACUUCUUUCUGGAGAAAGUGCUAGUCUGAAUUCACCUUUUCCCCCAAUUACCUUAAGGAGACAUACUACUCAAAGUUUUAACCGUGUGAAGUCCUUUACCAUUGCGUCUCUCCAAGUAUAUACCAAUAGCUUUUCUCAAGAAAAUCUGAUUGGAGAAGGUAUGGUUGGCACAGUUUUUAGAGCCGAGCUUCCUAAUGGAAAGCUACUGGCUGUCAAGAAACUGGAUGCUGCAGCUUCCAGGCAGCAGAGUGAUGAAGAAUUUCUUGAAUUAGUGCAUUGCAUUUCUAAACUUCAACAUGCAAAUAUAGUUGAACUCGUGGGUUACUGUGCUGAGCAUGGACAACGGCUACUAGUGUAUGCAUAUUGCAGAAAUGGAACUCUUCAUGAUGCAUUGCACUUGGAUGAUGAUAUCCAUAAGAAAUUUUCGUGGAAUGCUCGCAUACGACUAGCGCUUCAAGCUGCAAGAGCCCUCGAGUAUUUGCAUGAGGUUUGUGAACCACCCCUUGUGCACCAGAACUUUAAGUCUGCCAAUGUCCUCCUUGAUGAUGAGCUUGUAGUGCGUGUUUCAGAUUGUGGUUUGGCUUCAUUGAUAUCCUCUAGCUCCAUGGCUCAGUUGCAAAGUCUCGGUUAUGGUGCACCAGAACUUGAGCUGGGAAGCUAUGCUUACCAGAGUGAUGUUUACAGCUUUGGGGUUGUCAUGUUGGAGCUUCUCACGGGGCGAAAAUCUUUUGAUAGGUCUCGACCUCGAGGGGAGCAAUUUCUGGUUAGAUGGGCAAUCCCUCAGCUUCAUGACAUAAAUGCAUUGUCAAGAAUGGUUGAUCCUUCUCUAAAUGGAGCAUAUCUAUCUAAAUCUUUAUCUCGUUUUGCCGACAUAAUUUCGCUCUGUGUUCAGCCUGAGCCAGAAUUCAGGCCACCAAUGUCCGAAAUUGUCCAGAACCUUUUACAUAUGAUUCAGAGAGAUACCUAAAUGAGAGAUCAGAUAAGCAUGACAUGUAUCAUAAAUGAACAAAGCUACUGAGUUCAAGUUGUUCAACCAUGAUGAGAAUUCUGGUUCAAGUUUAUGUUGAAAGCUGGUCACCUUAAAAACUUCGCAUGAUGUUAGCUAACGUGUAUACAAUUCGCAUAAUUUUUUGGAAGGAACCCUUCAUCUCUUGAAGCUACACAAUCAAGUCGGUCCUCUUGCUCGAAAAAUCUUGCUUUUUAACAUCUUAGUCCUAAAUUGUCUUUGUUUUGUUUAUGUUGUAGCUCAAUUUGUUGAAUUAUUUGUUUGUAUUGUUGUAUCAUUCUUAUGUUAGAUUCAACUAUGUUGUACAAAUGGUACUGUAAUAUUGCAAA